AUGCAAACUUAUAAUGGAAUUGAGGACAAAUGUCCCGGCCUUGAGAUCGAUGUCAUAAUUGCGAUCAGUCUCAAUGCAAUGAAGAACCUGCCUGAUGCUCAUUCGCUCAAGAGUUCUUUAUGGUUGGCUUUCGAUCAAGCUUGCGCAGACGCCUCUUUCAGCUACAUAAGAUGCCUCUUUAUACCUGAAGCACAGUUGAUGACGCGCAUAGAGGCCGUAGCACAUUUGGUCAACACUGGGCUUGCAAAUGACAGCAGAGUUACCGCAGGAAUGCUGGGAAUACUUCUUAUUCAAGAUUUUCAGGCACAACUAUUCACUUUGGAGGACAAACAACAUUGGGCAAAUGAGAUACUUGGGCUUGAUAGUGAUACUGCGGCAGCGAUGAUGGCUUGUGAGAGGGAGCAGGCUCAAGCCCGCCCCGAAGUCUCCCACCUUGAGAUGGGAUGGUUCGCCUUAGCUACGCUGUCUAGAGGACGCGGGAUGGUCUUGUCGUCUAUCAAAGGUCGUCAUUUACAUUCUAUAGACGUGGAAGGAAGCAACCCACAAUUAAGAAAGGCGCCAUCGAAUGCUCAUGUCAAACUCAGAGAACAAAUCUGCCAGGGACUGGAACUUGCAAACGCAAAGGAAGCGAAGCCCGACCAUAUUCAAAGUACGGACGAAGAUAAACAUCGCGGAGAAAUAUUCGUCGACGACCGUGUAAAUGACAUAUUGGGUCUCCCUGAAUUGGACUAUUUUCUCAACGUACCCCCUCGGAGUGAUAUUCUGGAAACGGCGAAGUCGGGCCCCAUUGUUGUGCUGAAUCUGAGUGUCCAGUGCCUUGAAGGCUGUGCCAUAUUUAUCAUUACUCAGAGCCACCUCAAAGUAUUACAUCUCGAAGAUGUCGAGCAUGAUGAAAUCAGGUAUUGGGCACUAAAUGGCGAGAAAACAUGGAGUCGAAAGUGCCUUGCUUGGCUCUGGGAUACAAUCACAGGCCCUAUUAUGGGUGCAUUGGGGUUUACCCAGCCACCGGAUAAUGAUGACUGGCCUCAUGUGACAUGGAUCUCUACGGGCGUCAUGAGCAAAUUCCCGUUUCAUGCUUCAGGUAGGCAUGAAUGUGGUGGCCGUGAAACAGUCAUGGACCGAGUAGUUUCUUCGUACGGCACAACUGUCCAGACGCUCGUUGCGUCUCGCCUUCAAGCCCCAAUUACAUCAACACGAGCGGAGGCUCUACUCGUGGGCAUGAGCAACACUCCCAGACAUGGCACGUUGCCUCAUGCUGCCGAUGAAGUGUGUGAAAUUGAAAAGAUUCUCAAGUGCACAUCGGUCAAUGCUGCUCAACUACGGGGUACAAGGGAGACAUCAAGUCCCGCCUCAGCAAUUGCAACAUUUUUCUGCAGGACACGGCUGUUCGAUCUGAACCUAGAUCAAGGCGCGCACUUUCUUGCCUACCUAUCCGCCUGCGGUACAGGCCUAGUGCGGGAGGAAAAGUUUCUAGAUGAAAGUAUUCACCUGAUCAGUGCAUUCCAAGUUUUGGGAUUCCGCCACGUCAUCGGUACACUUUGGGAAGUGCAAGACAUGAUUUGCGUGGACUUAGCUCGAUUGACAUAUCAAGUCAUUCGAGAUGAGAGUAUGACAGAUAAAUCGAUUAACCGAGGGCUGAACAAGGCGACAAAGCGGGUACGGGAUGAGUGGCUGGCCGAGUAUGCGAGACGUAGUCUAGAUAUAAGGGCUGGGAAGGUUCUUUCUGCGGAAGAGGGUAUUUCAACCUUGAGAAUCCAAGAGCGAGGAAAUGACGAGAGGGAGGGGAGAGACAUCAUACCGUUGGAAGAUGAUUGGGGCCAGUCGAGCCCUCCGCCAUGGAUUGCGUACAUUCACUACGGAGUAUAG